AUGCCCAAAAAAGCCCGCGAAACUAAUAAAAACCUAAAUAAAAAUAAUAAUUCUAAUAGUGGUAGUGGUGGUGGUGAAGGAAGAGGAGGUGGAGGAGUAGGGGCUAAGCCCAAGGCAAAUAAUGAAAAAGGGCCACCAGCAACGGCAACAACAACAACAAAUAUCUUAUCAUCAUCCUCAGCAGCAUCAUCAAUUUCAACUUCAUCAAGAAACUUUGAAAACAAACAACAACAGCCACAACCAUCCACGGUAGUUAAUAGUAGUAAUAAUUUAAAGCAACAACAGCAACUCACAACAACGAACAACAAUUACAUUGAUAAUGGAAAACAAUCCGCCGCCGCUGCUGCUCUAAAUAACUGUAUGUUAGCCUCGCCAAAUCUUAGUGCCGCCAAUGACUCACAGAAUGCGCCCACAAUGUUUGCCUCCAUUUGGAGUAAAUUUUCAGCCACCUGCAAUGAAGCCAAACAACAAAAACUCCUACAAAGGCAAAAGAGUCAACAAAAUCAUACAGCAGCCGCCUCCACAUCAUCAUCAUCGGCCACUACCGGCACCAAUGGAUAUUUCAAACCCAAAAAUAUUGAUCCCUAA